AUGACUUCUUCUUCAGUAACAAAACUGAUUGAUACUGCUCAUAUUAUUGAAUCGAAAGGCAUGCAUCGUUAUUCGAUUAUUUGGUUUCAUGGUUUUGGUGAUAGUUCAGAUGGCUACAAAGAUUUAUUUACUCAAAUCCAACCACCAAAUACAAGAAUUGUUUUACCAAAUGCUUCAAAACAAUUGGCAACGAUUGAAGGUCGCCAGCAUUAUUUACGAAGCUGGUACGAACAUGAUGAAACAAGUAUAGAAAAAGGUUUACAAGUCAUCGAAUCAGCAAAAGAAUUGAUUGAACAAGAAAUUCAACUUAUCGACGAUGCCUUGCUUAUAAUUAUUGGUGGCUUUAGCCAAGGUGCUUGUCUAUCAUUAAUAACUGCGUUAACUCAUACAAGACAACAAUUGGGUGGUGUCAUUUGUUGUAGUGGCCAAUUAGUAUUACAGGAGAAAAUUCCACAAAUGUUAAGUGAAUAUGCAAGAAAAAUACCGAUUUUAGUUUUACAUGGAAAAGAUGAUAAUCGAAUUAAAUGGGGCGAUGUUAAAGUUGGUUUAGAAUUAUUAAAAAAGAAUGGAAUCGAUGAUAAUAUGCAAGUCGUAUUAAAAGACGGAGUAGAACACACCAUUAGUCAACGUGGAUUCCAACUAAUAAUUAUGUUUAUUAGCAAACAAUUCAAAUUGUAA